GCCACACGCCGCGCGAGCUCCGACCAGGCGCCCGCCCCUCCUCCUCGUCCUCGCCGCGGCCGCGAAGCCCCGAGCCGGCGGAAGCCCGGUGCUCACCAUGUCGGUCGCGCUCAGCAACAGGUUCCAAGGAGGGAAAGCGUUCGGUUUGCUCAAAGCCCGGCAGGAGAGGAGGCUGGCCGAGAUCAACCGGGAGUUCCUCUGUGACCAGAAAUACAGUGAUGAAGAGAACCUACCGGAAAAACUUGCAGCCUUUAAAGAGAAGUACAUGGAGUUUGACCUGAACAAUGAGGGCGAGAUUGACCUGAUGUCUUUAAAGAGGAUGAUGGAGAAGCUUGGGGUCCCCAAGACCCACCUGGAGAUGAAGAAGAUGAUCUCGGAGGUGACAGGCGGGGUCAGCGACACCAUCUCCUACCGAGACUUUGUGAACGUGAUGCUGGGGAAACGGUCGGCCGUCCUCAAGCUAGUCAUGAUGUUUGAAGGAAAAGCCAACGAGAGCAGCCCCAAGCCAGUUGGCCCCCCUCCAGAGAGAGACAUUGCCAGCCUGCCCUGAGGACCCCCGCCUGGACCUGCCCUGCCCUCCCCACUCCUAUUCCUCCCUCCUGAUCUCACUGCCCUUCUUGACUCGUUGCGAUGUGUCUUAUUUGUUCUGUUUGGUCGUUGUGCGUUUGUUUUUUCCUCAGCAGAGUCGGUGAUUUCUUUGUAUAGCACAAGUUAUCUGCCUUAAAGGGGCUCUGGGUUGGGGAGUCCAGAUCGCCUUCUUCUCUUUUUCCCUGUGUCUCCCCUCCCUGUGCAGAAGGGCUGACAUUAAACCAAAAACCAGAGGGGGCAGGUCCAGGACAGGGAGACCAGAAGCUUGUGAUUCCCGCACUUGAAGCUGGUACUGUCUGUCCUUCCAGGUCACUGAGCUCAGUCCUGGUACCCUGGCCUGGCCCUGGUGAGGCCCUCAGCCCCUUUCAGAAGACCCUGGAGUCGGGAUAAGGCUGCAGGGCCCCAUUAGGGUAUCCUCGGACAGCUCUGUGGUUCCAGUGCUCUUGGGUGGGCCAGGAUGUGGGCACACAAUGUCCCACCUCCUCAGCUGGUCCCCUCUCAGUCCACACUUCGUCUUAUCCUUAGUGAGGUGACAGAAGGAGAGAAGGAGAGGGACUUGGCAAUUUGAGCCCUUCAAGAAGGUUCCAGAGGAAUCCUCUAGCCUUGCCCACUGGCCACACCUUUACAGGCAGCUCAGGAAGGGUGUAGCUCCCCCUGACCCUUGCUGGGGCUUCAGAGGCAGAGGGGAUCCAGGGGCCUUGGGGGAGGGGAUUCAGCUCAGCCUAGUCCCACCUUUUAGGGAGGAUGUUGAGGGCAACAGGAUAGGCGGAUGAGGACUUAAUUGCUCAUGGCAAAGAGAGGCGGCACCACUGCUAAGCCAGGAGCAGAGAAAUAGGUUGCCUUUCUGAUCCCAGUCUGCUUGAAACCUGACUCUGCUUCCCCAUUUGCCUUCACACCUUCCUUACACCAUUCAUUCAUUCAUUCAUUCACUCGCUCACUCCGUCAUUCAACAGGUAUUUAUUUACAACCUAUUAUAAGCUUUAAGUCCCCCCACUUUAUCCUGACAUGUGCCAUGUCCAAUGUCUAAUUCAUCAUUCUGUCUCCAAAUCACUCAAAACCUUGAGCUUGGGGAUUAGA